AGGCUUCGAACGCCCUCCCAACAACCAACACCAGUUUCCCACCAAAACCCCUUCUGCGUGCCGCUCCGGCCGCCUCCACUCCAUCUCCAUGGCUGCCUCAUCCUCUUCCUCUUCCUCCACGGGCGCCGCCGUCGCAUCCGCGCCCGGUACAACCGCCGGAGGAAGCAUAUUCCCAGGCCCUCCUCCGCCGACGCCGUCGAACCACAAGCCGGCCCCGUCCAACGCCGCGGGGGGCACCGAGGCGGCCGCUCUCUCCGCUUUCCUCAACCGCAUGCUCCUCUCCUCGCCGGCCCCAACCCUCCGCCCACGGGCCUCAUCUCGUCUCAAAUCCCGGCCUUCGGCGCCUCCGAUAGUUUCCCUCGAGUCCCCCGACGUGGGCACCCUUCGCGCCGCCGCGGACGUUGGCUACUUCCACCUCUCUGGCCAUGGCAUCCCUUCCGAUCUACCAUCUUCCGCUCUCGCCGAGCUGUCUCGCAUCGACGCGUCCGCCGCUCUACGCGCGUCCAAUCUUCGCACGCUCGGGUUCUCGGAGGAGGAUCAGGAAGCGGACGGCGGCGAUGAUGAAGAUGAACCCGCUAUGGUGUUCGACGUCGACGAAGAGCGGGGGGUGGACGCGCACGCGCUCCCGGCGGCGGCCGCGGAGUACGCGCGGCGGAUGAGGGAUGUGGGCAUGAAGGUGGUGGCGCUUCUGUCUGGGUGUCCCGAUUCGGGUUUCGGGGAAGAACCGUUCGCGGAGGGGAGGAGGAAGGCGAAGUGCCUGGUGUGGGUCUCCAAGGUCGGCAACGGCACGGGCGAUUCGGCGGCAGCGCCUCCGGCACCCGGGAAGGCGAAGGCUUAUCCGUAUGUUGUAGGCCUCCAUUGGCAGUGGGGUCAGGAGGCGGAGGCGCCGGCGAGCUGGGUGAUGGACGACAGCGGCGAGUGGACAGCUGUAGGCGCGCGCGACGGUGCGCUCCUGGUCACAAUCGGCGAUAUUGCUCAGGUAUGGAGCAAUGGCAAGUUGAAGAAAGUGAGAGGGAUGGCUCGCCCCACUUCUGCCCCCAGCAUUGACGGGCGCGCCGGGGAGCCAGGAGCAGGGAGCUUGUCCGUCACCGUGCUAAUCACACUGCCCUUGGACAGUGUCAUCUCGCCUCUGGUGCUGCUCUCGGGAGAUGCUGGUGAAGAGAUUCGCAACGAGGAGGAGGGGGAAGAGGGGAUGGAAGGUGCAGACGUCGAUGGGGAUGGAUGGAGUUUUCACUCAUUUUUGCUGGAGGGCUAUGCGUGGAGGGUAUACCAUGAGCGGCUUCAGUUCAAGGAUCCGCUUGCUCGGUACCGGAUAUGACAAGUUUGUUCGUGAUUGCUCUGUCCUUCCGUAGCCUUGUUUGUUUGUUUGUUUGUUGGUGUGCGCCUUGGGUUGGGUUGUGAUAUGUGAUCUCUAGUUUGCACGAGGUGUGUAAAAUGAUAUCUGAAGAAACAUACGAAUUGAUCAAGCAAGGGAACGCUUGUUUUCA